AUGGCCUCACCACCAGACGCUGUUUACUUUCCACCCUUGGACCAAUGCUUGAAGGGUGACAAAGUACUGCUUUCUUGGAAGCUGGUCGCACCAGCCCUGCAAGAUAUUUCCGACGACCGUCUGUCAAGCGAUGUUGUUUCCGACUUUCUUCGCGAUACCCACGUCCACACGUUUCUCCAGGAUCCUUCCAAGGCAUUCAGCAAGGCCGAUGCCACGAGCAAAUCCGACUUCGAGACCAGGACAGCCGCUAUAAAUGUCACACCUACCCAGAACGACAAGUACGACAUCAAGGUUCUCAAGGAAGACACCCUGUGGCUGAGCCAGACUGCCGACAUCAAUGAAGUUGCCGCGCUGCGCAUCGUUGUCAUCGAGUUUCAGACUCGCGCACAGAGCCACCUCUCUGGCCCUCUGUCGACUCAAGACGUCAUAAAUCUUCAGCAAGCUGUUGGUGCCGACGGCACACAGGCAAACUCGCUUCUGGCGUCUGUCAACGCGGCCGAGAGCGUAGACGUGGAAACGAUAUGGUCAAACUUCAAUAUGGAAACGGGCAGACGCCGGCGGCUGCUCGAGACCUAUAUGUCUGAACGGCGCUACUUCAUGAUGUUUGUUGACGCUCUGCUGAACUUGAUGCUCGAGCACGCAAGCACGAGGCUAGUGGGAUCUAGAGCAGCACUGCACCAACAACUACUGCAGACAACCUUUGGCGACGCCAAUCUGGCUGGUGUGAGGCACGCAAGACGCGAAGGCCUCUUGACCAAAUACCUUGAGCUAUUGCCGGUUUACGUAGGCCGCAUCGACAAGGGACCGUCGGGGGUCCUGGAUGUUAUGAAUCUUGAGCUUGACUGGGUCAGGACAGUCGUCACGGAGACUCUGCACCUCCUGUCAUCUAUAUUCCAGAUCAUCGACCUUGUCGACACUUUUCUUCCCGCACAGAUCGUCUCUACUUGGUUCGAGUUCAUUGAUGUUUACGGUUUUUUGGAUCAGUUGCAAGGUGUGGACGAUCAGACGGCCGAAAUACUACAGCCGAUCAAGUCUCUCGUCUGUAUCAUAUCGAUGAAGCUUCUCAACCUUCCGAGAUCUGUUCCCUUCCUCGAUGGCGAUUCAGAGGUGACUUUGCACCCUGACGAGGAUUCUUACAUCACCUCGGAGGAAGUAUUGAAGCAAGUCGACGAGACCAUCAACAACGCAGCCAAUGCCGGCUUCGUUACGGCUGACCCAGUCAUCUUCUCGUGGACUCUGAUUUUGCAGCAGAUGCUUGCAUCGCAUCAUGAGCGGCAAGAGAGGAGAGACCUGCAGCAAAACAGACAGGCGCAGGAGGGGUUUGAACGCGAAAUACAGCAUGUCGAAGCCCGCCCUGGAGUCGGGAGACGCUCAUCUGCUGGGAGCAUUGUGUCCAUGGAAUCACAGUCAUACGACAAGUUUUUGAACACUGUAUUCGGAAACAGUCAGCAACAGCAAGACAUGCAGCGCAUCGAGCAGUUGGCGAUGGCUGUGACCGCUGGAGGUCAGAUGCACAAUUUUUUGACCGAGAUGGCCCUUGGCCUAGGGGAGUCACACAAUGCACCUUUCCGCCCAUAUCUUGGAGCGAGGCUGCGUUUCGUUUUGCUUGACUUCCUCAACUUCAGUUUCCCCGUCGUCGGCUACAUAUCUGAAUCCAUCUCGACAUUCUUCGCGGUUCUCUCAGCAGGUCGGGGAUAUUGGGAGAUCUACAAUGGCAGGACUUUGAGCGCCAGGGAGGACAUUGUCGUCAAAGCUAUGGACGACCGCCUGACGGUUCAAUUUUAUCUGAGCCAGGUCUGGCUCAGGUGGCCUUACGAAUUCACGCCAUUUACCAAUCUUUGCAAGAUAAUAUCCACCUCCUUUUCCGAGCAUGCGGCUUCGGAGCUCGGACGUAUCCUUGCCACUACUCCAGCACUGACAUUCCACCUGCCCGAUCCUUUUUGGGAAUUCUCAGGAGAAGAGACGGACUUGGGGAAGCUGGAACUGGUCAGGGACGUCCCAUUGUUCUCCGUCCUUCCGUCUCGCAAACGUCUCAUGGCAGGCGAGGAGCCUUUCUGCAUACCUGCUGGAACUCAAGGCCAGCUUGCGUCUGACUCGAGCCGAAUUGUCCAGCUCCAAUAUGUGCAUUCGACUUUUGCACUGUUAGGAAAGCGGCUGGAGACAAAUCUGAGCUCUGAUUCCUACGCCCUGGCUCUUGGCUCGCUGGAAGCAGAUGACCUUGCAGAGGCGAUUUCGCUCCUGGCAACUAUGGUUCGCAGCAAGGGUGCCAAAGCGGCAGCCAAGAAGAAUGCCUUUACAGCGGGUAACGCCGCCGCUUUGGAAAUUCUUCAACAAGCCGGCCGCGACCUACCACCCCACAAGGAUAUCGUUACUGUUAUCACGGACACCCUGGACUCUCAUAUUGAUGGCGACCUGGCGAACUUGGAGGCGUCCGGGAUCCGUGUCAUCACGUCUUGCCUACAGUUCUUGGAUUCAAUAUUACCCAUCUGUCCAGGCAGGGUGUGGUCAUACAUGACACGCUGCGACCUUUUGAUGAGUGCCUCCAAAGCUGGGAUGCUAUCGAGAAUCACCAGCACACUUGACCUCGUCGACGAACAGUUCGAUCUUUUGGUGACGGUUGUGAACUUUUUCUCUAGCUUGGUUGAGAGCUCGGUGGCGGGCGCAGUUCACAGAAAAAUGGGGUCUAAGGCAAUCGGUCGUGCUGCCGAAAUGGAAUACAUUUGGCAAGGCACAUCCGACAAAGCUCUGAGUCAAGUCACUCUUUCGAUUGCGCAUACGUCUGUCGACAUCCUUGAGAAUUCGUUGACGUGGCGAUUCCCAUCAGAAGUCCACCGCAGCGUUCUUCUUAGCGACCUGAUACCCGUCCUGAACAGACUUGUCAUCUAUUCCCUAGGUGCAGGUGAUUCACAGGGCGAGAAGAGGUCGAGGGCACUGACAGCCUUCCUGGAACCGGCUGCAAACUACAUCGUUGACGGAUUUUUGUCCUCGACCCCCUCGUCAUUGAGGUUUCAACCGAUCCUCGCCUCAAUGUUGGUGGCGCUGGGUCUGCCUGACUCCACGUUGUAUCAGAGGCGGACAAAGAUAAUUACAAACCGCCAGAUUGCUUUUCUGAAUCUCGCAACGACGCUGAUCCGAGUUGCAAACCUCAAAGCGAUGCCAGCAACUGCGAUAGAAGGACAACUUCUGAAGUGUUCCUCGCUACUAGCUCGGCUUUGUGCGACAGAUGCUGUCUAUAGAGACCCCACUCUGUCGCUUCUUGGUGCUCUAGCGGAGCGAAUCAACCGUGAAGAUAGCGAAGCGCCGUCCUUGCUUGGUUAUUUGGGGCCACAAGUUUCGCGAUCAUUCCUGCAGACGAUCUCGAGACUAGACAAGCCUUUCGAUAGGCCGACAGAGUCUAAGAAUGCAUGGGCAUUCUUCUCCACCAUCAUGCGUAACGGACAGCAUUGGAUGGCAAAUUCCUUGUUGACGGGCAAGACGCCACGCGAGGCCCUAGGCGGCAACGGCAAGAUGUCCAAAUUGGCACCAGACUCCAUUCUCAAGACGGCUGUGACACGCUUACGAUCAAUCAGCACAUUACCUACUUCGGAGACAUUGGCGAUCUUAGAUCUGCUGACCUCGGCACACAACUACUGGCAAUGGACUGUAUUUGCUUCGCAGGAAGACAACAGUUGCCUCAAUGAGUUGCGAGCUUACGUCCGAGACCUUAAACCAAUCUCCACGACUGUCAAGACAGAUGCCAGCCGAGCGUGCGAUGAAGCACGUAUUGCGGCUUAUAUCGCAGAAGCCUUUGCAAUGCACCUCUACCAUCUUCGAAAGACAGGUCGCGAGGAGGAGUUUGCUCGAGAUCUUGCCAAUGACAUCGAUUAUUACCUGCGCGACGGUGUGACGGUGGCUGGCUACAACAGCUCGUUGCAUGGCAACUUUGCCAAGAACUUCUCGAAGCAAUACCCGGGAUUCUCGCUUGAGAGUUUUCAGCGGGCGCUUCUCUUGCCCAGAGAACUUGGCGAUGACUACUAUUAUGCACUUGGUGUAGCUGACAGGAUGCUGAUGUUUGAUCCGGGUUGGGUUGGGCCACGGGAGAGAAAUGGUUUCAGGGAUGAGAUGCAGGCUGCCAAUCUCAACCUCUCUCUCGUGGACGCGCAAGUUGCUCUGUUCCAUGCUUGGGAGUUCCUACUACUUGAGCUCAGCAGUUGUCUUCCGGCGAACGAGCACCUGAUCACUACUCAGAUGAUGCAGGUCGCGAGACAAUGUCUUGACUGCAAUCAAGCCAAACAGGGACCCGAACGUAUUUUCCUGAGGAUUACAAAGUCUCGUGCAAACCUUGCACUGGUGAUCAUGCAACGUCUUCCGCCAACAUCUCUGACGCCCAGAGACGCUGCUGAGCUUCUGAUCACUGCAUGGGCCACUCUGAGCAGCAUCGAGAACCCUCUGGUACCCGAACAAAUUCAACACUGGAGAACAAUGCUCAGAAUGCUCUAUGUGGCGCUUCGGGCAUACGGUACCUCUUCAGCAAAUGCGACAAAUAGUAACAAGAGUGCGAAUGACAGCCGACUCGUCGAGGUUACCCAGUGUGUUUUCAACAUUCUACACCGAGUUGUGGCCCAAGGCUUUCGGUCCUUGGUCUCGCUCAUUCACGACACGGAAGUUGCGGUCUUACCAGAAGACCUGGCCCUCAUCACUGCUAUUCUGCAAGCAUGUUUAUGCCUACCAGCCAUGGACGAGUACGCUGGCGAGGUCCUGAGUAUCAUGAUCUCGGAGGACGUUGGUCGGGCUGCGCUAUCUUUGUUCUCCUGGGCGGAAAAAUUUGCGGUCAGCGGCGAUCCCAUCUAUGGAGAGCUCAGCAUACUGUUCCUGCUGCAGCUGUCCAACGUUCCGGCUAUGGCUGAACACCUUGCAUCUGACGGCCUGCUGGCCCAGAUUGCUGCAGCCAGCAUCACUACCCGUAUCCAGCAACCGAACGUGAAGCCUUUUGCGGACAACAUAGGGGCCCAACGCUGCUAUGAUAUCUGGGCGAAGGGCAUCCUCCCGCUGCUUCUUAAUGUGCUGUCCGCGCCAGGACUUGGACCGAACAUCGCCACCGAGGUCGCCUACGUUCUCAACCAGUUUCCCAACCUGCUGGAUAGCAGCGCCGAGCGCGUAGAAGCACCAGGCAUGAGCAGGACAGCUUCGAAGGGAGUCCACUUCGUCACACUCUUGGGCGUCUCGGAGAUCAACUCACUUGCACUUUUGACACGCGUUUUGAGCGGGUACAGGACGAAUUUCAAUCGUGAAAUUCCGGAGGUGUCUUGGGACUCGGCCACAGUGCUAGAGUGUGUGGACUAUUGGCUGUCGACCAGGAAAAUGCUGCGCGAGAGGUUGGUAGCCCUGGGCCAGCGAGAGGCUGAUUGGAAGAACAUGAAGACGUCUACGGAGGGCGUCAGCUUGCUGGAGGAGAAAGUGAUCUCAUUACUUGAGGCUGUCAAGGAGGUGCUUAGUGACGAUCUUGAGUGA